CGUUGGCGGUCCAUUCAGGAGCAUGGAACGUUGGGGCGGUUCGGCUGUGACGUCAGAGAGGCGGCCCAUUGAGAGCGGAGGGCGCGCCAUUCAAGAGCUCGGCACGUCGAGCGUUGGAAGGAGGCCGCGUUCCUUGAUGGCUCCGGAGCGCGCGGCGUCGUCGUCGUCCCCUCUCCCGCCUGCCUUCCUGCGCAGCCUGCGCACCCUCUUCGACCUGCUGGACGAGCGUGGGCGGGGCUUCGUCCACCUGCACGAGAUCGAGUCCCGCUGGCUGUUGCCUGGCGACGGGGUGCGGGAGGGGCUGCGCGGCGCCGCCUCCCCCGACGGGACCCUCACCUUCGAGCGCCUCCUCCUCGGCCUCCGCGCCUCCCUCCCACGCGCAGAUGCCAAGCCUUUGCCGGAUGAGAGCGGCUCGAAGGAGAGACCGGUGGAAGCCCGGCGGCCAGGAAGAAGCCGCGGAGAGCUCCGGAGGCACACCAUCACCAGCGGCGUGGACUACGGCAUGCUGAAGCAAAUGAAGGAGAUGGAGAAGGAGAAGGACUUUUUGCUCCAGGGGCUGGAGAUGGUAGAACGAGUUCGUGACUGGUACCGCCAGCAGAUCCACCUCCUCCAAGAGCAGCAGAAGCAACUGGCGCAAAGCCAAGCCCACAAGGAGUUUUCCAAUAGCAAAGGGGGUCCAGGUUCGCUGCAAUGCCUCCUCCCCAAACUGCAGGAGCUGAACCGUUGUUUCGGGGAAUUGCUUGCCCUCUCGGCAAAGCCACCGAGCACGGCAUCCGUGGCCACCAAUGGGCCAGCUUGCUUGGCCACGGCCUCCCCGCCCUUGGCUGGACCGCAGCAGACCAUCAAUAUGUUGAAGGAGCAGAACUGGCUCCUCACCAAGGAGGUGACGGAUAAAAGUGACCGGAUCACGCAGCUGGAGCAGGAGAAGUCGGCCCUGAUCAAGCAGCUCUUCGAAGCUCGUGCCCAAAGCAGCAGCAGGGAGGCCAACUUGCUGGAUUCCACCUUCAUCUAGUGCCCGCUUUUUAUAUAGAAUCAUUGGGUUUGGCAAACAUCGCACGACUUGCCUUAUCAUGAGUCUUUGAUUUUGCAAAUAUGAUACGACUUGCAUUUUGCAAAUGUUUAUACAGCUUGGAUUCUGCAAAUGCAAUACUGCUUGGAUUCUGCAGAUCCUGGCACCUUGGUACUCCGGACUCCCUGGGUUUUUGCAGCCCUUUUCCAAGGCCCCAAUCCCAGGACGAUGGGCAUCUUUGAGAAAAUGAACUAAUGGUUGGGGGACAUUUCUGAAGUCUGGGAACGGCGAACCAGACUCGCCGGAUGGAAAUCUCUGCUUUGUACACUCCAUUUUCCUCUUAAGAGAAGACUACCUCUGAGUUUUUUUCCCCAGCACUCCUUUCCUCAGUUGGCGUUCACGACAACCUCAAAUCACUCCAUCUAUUCUAUUUUUUUCCCUUUUCUAUUCUUGUUUUGGUAUAUAUGUUGAGUCUGUUGGUGUGUUUUUGUGUUAGUAUGUGUAUAUCUUAUUUUUAUACUAGUUAGAAAGCAGAUUAGUAUGUCUUUUU